UCCAGAGUUCCAGACCCGAUCGACCACCGCGCGCCCGCCCCCUCAACCGAUCAAACCGAUCCUAGAAAAGUCCACCCACCACGGGCAACAGGAUGUCGAGCACCGGCGCGGCGGGCCCGGACGCCGACGCGGCGGCCGGCGAGGGGCUGGAGCUGGCGCAGUUCGGGGCGGGCUGCUUCUGGAGCGUGGAGCUGGCGUACCAGCGGCUCCCCGGCGUGGCGCGCACGGAGGUGGGCUACUCGCAGGGGCACCUGGACGGGCCGACCUACCGCGACGUCUGCGGCGGCGGCACCGGCCACGCCGAGGUGGUGCGCGUGCACUACGACCCCAAGGAGUGCCCCUACGCCGUGCUCCUCGACGUCUUCUGGGCCAAGCACAACCCCACCACGCUCAACAAGCAGGGCAACGACGUCGGGACGCAGUACCGGUCGGGCAUCUACUACUACACGGCGGAGCAGGAGCGGCAGGCGCGGGAGUCGCUGGCAGAGAAGCAGCGAGAGUGGAAGGAGAAGAUCGUGACGGAGGUCCUCCCGGCGAGGAGGUUCUACCCGGCCGAGGACUACCACCAGCAGUACCUGGAGAAGGGCGGCCAGUCCGCCAAGAAGCGCUGCUCCGACCCCAUCCGCUGCUAUGGCUGAGCCUCAAGGUCAUGGAGCACUGCCCCAGUCUCCGCCCGCCAUUGCAGCUAGCUAAGCAUCGCCAUUAGCAUCAUAAAGGACACACCAUCUGCCUGCCUGACUGUUGGUGUUACAAUAAAUAAACCCAUGCGUGCAGCGUGUAAAGGUGAACUUGGCGCUUUUGUUUGCUCGAUGAUCUAUGUUUAUUUUGGUGUUUGCCGUGUACAAGUUUUGCAAGCGGGCAUAAUCCACUACCACUAGCGUUCAGGCUUCA